ACUAAUGUAACCCUGUAUUACAAUAACCGUGUUAAGGAUUAGAUUAAACAAUAUAAUUAUGUCAAUUAUACAAGUUUAAGUCUUGUGAUUCAAAGAGUUUACAGCGUUAUAUAUAUUGUAUCGGCACUGCAGCAGGUUCCAGUUUAGGAAAUCCUCAUUAUGACGUCAUCAUGAAGUGGACUGUACUGUUCUUGUACUCUGGAUUUGGCGGAUUUAUCUCUGCCCGUGGUGGUAAUUAUUGGAGCGAAGAUUACGAUUCAGAUAAGAACUGUAAAGACGAGGAAUUAAUUGUAAAAAUAAAACAAGGAAAAGCUAAAGGAUUCUGCGAAACAGAGGUGGGAGAGCUCAGUGAUGUCCAGGUUUUCAACAGAUGUAAGAUAAAGCUGACAAAAACUUUGGGAGAAAAGUGUCGAGCUACGACAGUCGAAAAGGCUGGUGAACUAUUGUACUGCAAAAAUCAAAAACAAACAAUUGUCUGCUCUCACAAAUACAAAUGUACUAAAGACUGGACAAAAAUCAACAGUGGGUUCAAAGACAAAGCCGUGGCUUACUUAACUAAUAAGACUGAUUGGUUGAAUAAAGAAAAAGAGAAAGGAUACGGUUCUUGCCGGGAUCUGAAUUCAAGUCUAGAUGCUAGUGUGUGUCUAAAAGAUUGCAAAGAUUUUGAAAAGUCUGAUUUUGCAAACAGUUGCAAAAAAGACGGAGGAUUUUUUAAAUGCUGCAUCAGGCGAGAUAAGGCAAACUGCCAUGAGUGCCGGUUUUGCUGUACUCUCCUAAUGUGUACUACAACACCUAGUCCUGGAGAAGUGUACACUUCAUUUUCCAAGUAUGAUGUUAACAAUAAUGACACAGUAAAUGGUUCAAGUGAAAGAUUGGUGGCAAAUGAACUGUUCUACAUGUACCAUCAUAUGUACAAGGAACCAGACUACAGAUGUUUGAAUCCGAAUAGUGAUAAAGACCCAACAAAAUGGGGGCACUAUGAUCCCAACCAGUUCGCUGCAGCCAAAAAUAAGGAGGAUUUGGAAGAGGUAGUAACCUAUCCGUUUGAUAACCGGUUUCUAAACUACGAAGACCCCGAGGUUCUGAAGCUGAUGACUACUGGUAAAGACAUGGAGAAGAAUUGGAAGGAAGUUUACGGUGUGGAUUUUGUUUCUCACAGAGGAGAUCAAUCUGAAGUGCUGCUAGAUUGUUAUAAAGCAGAAUCAAGUCAGUUUGCUCAGGAUUGUAGGAAAAAACAGGGAUUUUUUAAGUGCUGUGUUUCAGGAUGGAAUCUGGGAGUAAUUCAAACUGCAAGAAAGUCUUUAAAAGCUCACAAAUUGAUCGACAAGGUGGACGACAGUGUUUGUAAACAUAAGCUGAAUUGUCAAAUAACUUCCAGUGUACAUUUCUGCUCUACUCGGGACCCCUUUAGUGGUCUUGUUUCUCUAGAAUUUAGAACACCCUUAGAGAACCCCCUGGGUGGAGCGACUAUUGUGGACGCGGCAAUCUCGCAUAAUAUCCAAUCAAACCUCACAGACCUGAGAAUAGGAAUAAGAUCUUCAUUCUGCCAAAGCUUGGACACCUGUUCUUCUACAGAUGUGGAGUUUGAAGAUUUAAACCUGUUUUACCAAGCUUUUGACAGAAAAUCAUUCUGUGACCUUGGCGUGAAGGACAGUGUAAACAGCUCAAAGUAUAAGUCUAAAGAAACACUAGAGGAAUGUAUGAACCGAAAAUAUUCAAACAUCAGAAUCUGUCCUAAAGAUAUUUUCAAGAGUAAACCAGCUACAAAGGACUUCAGAUUUGCUAAGUGUACAAAACUGUUCUUUGGCGCGAUGAAGACACUGUGGGAAAAUGACGGGAAAAAGAUAAAGAAGGAUAAAGAGAAAAAGAAGAAUAAAGAAAAAAAGACAAAAAGCAAGAAAAAGGAAAAAACUGAAAAAAAGAAAAAGGGUGAAAAGGACAAGAAAAAGAAGAAGAAGAAGGGAAG